CCUGGCGCCCAGCGCGCAGCCUCCGUGGGGAUGGGGGAAGCAGCAUCCCUGGCUGUUGGCGGCUGGGGUUCCCGGAACUGCCUCGUGCGCUGUCUAGAGGAUGAUGGAUGGAGGAUGGAGUGAGUCUGCAGGACUUACGCUGAUGGGAUGCAGGAAAGCAGUCUGCUGAUAAUUCAGUCUGGAGAAGGUAUGCGUCCCUGCCUCUGGGGUGUGUGGUUUCCUGGUAACCUGCAACACUCUCAUUGGCUUCAGCGGUGCCUGUCCUCCCUAGGAAGCUGUCCGUGGAGCCGUGGAGCAGCGCUGCAAAAGGACGAUUUAAGGUCACCAGCACUGACUGUCAUCAUUUGCUGUAUACUCUAGCAGCCUUUGCAUUGUGAUCAAGACAUCCCAGGCCCUCUUCCAGCUCCUUAGUCAGUGGCCUUGGUGGCACUCUAUGCCUGUGGUCAGCCCAGGACCUCUCCUGCCCAUGCAGUUCCCAGCUGCCACUGCUGAGAGUCUUAGUGGCUCUCUCUUUGGAGCCUACACACUGCCCACCUUCAAGUUCCAGCCUCGCCGGGAGAGCAUAGACUGGAGGCGCAUUAGCGCCCUGGAUGUGGACCGUGUGGCCCGAGAGCUGGAUGUGGCCACUCUGCAGGAGAACAUCACCAGCGUCACCUUCUGUAACUUGGACCGGGAGGCGUGUAGCCGCUGUGGGCAGCCUGUGGACCCGGUGCUUCUCAAGGUGCUGCGCCUGGCACAGCUCAUCAUCGAGUAUCUGCUGCAUUGCCAGGACUGCCUGAGUGCCAGUGUGGCCCAGCUGGAGGCACGGCUACAGGCCAGCCUGGGCCAGCAGCAGCGGGGCCAGCAGGAGCUGGGCCGCCAGGCCGACGAGCUCAAGGGUGUGCGGGAAGAGAGCCGGCGGCGGCGCAAGAUGAUCACCACCCUGCAGCAGCUGCUUCUGCAGACGGGCACCCACACCUACCACACGUGCCACCUGUGUGACAAGACGUUUAUGAAUGCCACCUUUCUUCGGGGCCAUAUUCAGCGCAGGCAUGCCAAUGCAGCAGAAGGAGGCAAGCCGAAGCCGCAGGAGCCGCCAGCGGAGGAGGUGUUGGCAGAGCUGCGGGCCAAGCUCACGUGGACUCAAGGAGAGCUGGAAGCCCACAGGGAGGCCGAGAGGCAGCGGCAGCUCCAGGAAGUAGAGAUCACUCGACAGAGGGAACUAGAAACUAAGAAAAAAUUCGACGAGUGGAAAGAAAAAGAGCGGAGCAAGCUGUAUGGGGAAAUAGACAAGCUGAAACAGUUAUUUUGGGAUGAAUUUAAAACUAUUGCCAACCAGAACUCUACACUAGAAGAGAAGCUACAGGCACUGCAGUCGCACAGUGUGACUGAAUCCCACCUUGGGUCACUGCGGGAUGAAGAUUCUGAGGAGCGACUCAGGCAGGCGCGGGAGCUCCAGGCCCUGAGAAAGAAGAUGGAGGCUCAGGAAGUGGAGUGGAAGAGAAAAAUGAAGGAACUGCAGGCAGAGCGGGCAGCCGAGCGGAGAGAGCUGCGGGAGGAGAACGAGAGGCUCCAGGCCGCCUUGUCUGAGGACCAGAGGAAGGCAGCUGCCCAGUCCCAGCGCCAUAUCAGUUCUCUCCGCACCCAGCUGCAGGAGCAAUCCCGGCUUAUCGCCUCCCAGAAAGAGAUGAUCCAGACCUUGUCCCUCAGGAAGGUGGAGGCAGUUCAAGAGACACCAAAGGCUGUGGACACAGAGGAGGAGGAGGAGGAGGAAGAGGACUCUUCUGAGGAAGAGCCGGAGGACUCCCAGGACGAGCGGAAGAAGGUGAUGGUGGCCCUGAGGCAGAACCGCACUUGGCUGAAGCAGUUCCGGCCCAUCCUGGAGGACACCCUGCAGGAGAAACUGGAAGACUUGGGGAUAAAGAGGGAAACAAAGGGAAUCUCUACUCAGACUUUCAGACACCUGGAGUCCCUGCUGCAAAUCCAGCGGGAUCAGAAGGCCCGGAGGUUUUCAGAAUUUCUGAGCCUGCGGGGAAAGCUCCUCAAGGAGGUCCACAGCAAAGCGAAGAGGAGGUUGGAGAAUGGAGCUGUGGCGUCCCAGCAUGAUGGCCAGCCUCCAGUCAAGAGCCAGCUGGGCACACUGUCCAUGGGGGAGGCCCGGCCGCAGACCAGAACCCGGCAGUUGGCGUUGCCAUCUAAGCCAGCGGAGCCUCCCACGCCAACCCAGAGCCGCAGCGGCCAUGGCCCUGUCCUGACCCAGCUGUCCACCCCUACGCCACGUCCCAGAGUGCGCCAAGCCCCUAGUCCGACUGCUUCCCCUGGGCCUGAGCUGAGCACACCCCCCUUCAGUUCUGAAGAGGAUCCAGAGGGAGACAAUGGGCAACAUGUGUCUCUUCAGCCCCUGGAAGUUCUUUCCAAGCCGCCGCAGGGGGAUGACUGGGACUGGUCUGACUCCGAGACCUCGGGGGAGGACGCCCAGCCUCCUGGCAAGGGAGGACUCACUUCCUCAGAAACACUGGUGCAGUCGAUGGUAAAAAACCUGGAGAAGCAGCUUGAGACGCCAGUGAAGAAACCUAGUGGAGGGGUCAGUGUGUUUUUAAGGCCCAAUGCUGGCCCACAGAGGACUUCCACUCCAGGAAGGAAGCCGCAGCUCUCUGAGGACGAGAGUGACGUGGAGAUCUCUUCACUAGAAGACCUCUCCCAGGAUCUGGACCAGAAAGUGAAGCCAAAGCCCUCGCCCCGGUCGAAGCUCCAAGGAAAGUUCAAUACCAGUCCUUGGAGCUCUGGUCCACCCAGGGUCCCUGGCUGGUGACCCCUACCCAAGCUCUCUGGCUGGUGAUCUUGUCUCAGGCUGCCAGAGACUUAGUCUUGUCACCUGCGUGGGCCAGCUGAGGUCACGCUCUCAGCAGAUGAGGCUUCUGGGCCUUUUGUCUUCGCUAGCAACCGAGAGGUUUUCCUCUCAGAGAGAAACAGAGCUGGGGACAGAUCUCUUCCCUCUCUCCCUGUGAGGGAGCCUACCUCUGGGUGCCCAUGCUUGAGAAAAGGUUAUCACAAGACUUUGAAGUGUUUCUUCCUCAGUUCCUAUGGCUAUGUCAGACUAAAAGGAGUCACUCAGUCACUUUUUCUGAGCUUUCUUUUAUAUGCAUGUCACUGUGUAGAUGGGCCCUAAUGCCAGUCGAUCAUUGCUCCAAAGUCGUUUAUGGGGUACCUCCUCUAUGUUGCUUUCUCCAGCCUUCCACCACUGAGUUGGGGUACAGGAAGAGGUAGGUGGGGCAGAAUGUCUUCCACCGUGACAGGCUCAGGUAGUAAUCUAGUGAUAGAGACUUGAGUGUUAGGAAAACAGAGAGGUCACCUGACCCAGCCAGGAGUGAUCACAGAGAACUUCCAGGAGUUGGGAUGCCUGGUGGGGUCUAUUCAUGGGUGGGAGGAAAGGACAGCAAUGUCACUGCAGUCCCUUGUCUUCAUAGGACCACAAAUUUAAUUUUUGAAGCCAUUUCCAGCGUCGAGUUUUAUACAUAGCUAUUGUAUUUUUUUAGUGUGAAAAACAUUAAUUUAUGAGAUGCAACCAUUAAAGUACAGCAUGAUGUAAUGCA